CAAAGGAGGGUGUGUUUUUCUAUCACUGCAGCAUCAGCAGACAGGAGAGAGGGUGCACACUCAAUUUCAUAGAAGGGAGGAAGAAAAGGCGCAAGUAAAUCAGGAAGAGAGGGAGGAAGCAGGGACGCGAGGAGCUGCCGGCGUAGAGGAGCAUCACUCUGGAGUUUAUCUUUUAGACAGUUUUCCUGCAGGAGGGCGUGGCACUGAUUUAAAGACCAAACGGAGAGACGGAAGACCAGCAGGGCCAGAGGCGUAUGAAGCGAAGCUGAGACCUCUGACACGUGAAGCGCAUCCUGACACCUGCUCACCUUGAGAGUGCGUGUGGGCUGCCUGUGUGUGCAUUGCACUGUACGUCUGCGAGCAGGUGGGACAUUGAUGGCACUGUGAGCCAUGCCUUUCAUGCAGCGACAGCAGGUUUGCAGUAGGGGGCAGAGCUCCUCCCGCCUCCUCCCCCUUGUCCUGGCCCUCCUCUGCCUGGCAGUCCUGCCCAGCCGAGCAGCCAUCGAAAUGCCCCCCAACUGGGAACACAAAAUGCCUCCUCAGAUCACCAAACACCCGGAGUCUGUCACCGUCUUUAGCGCCGAGGACUUCGUCAUGAAAUGUGAAGCCUCUGGCAUCCCUCCGCCCAGUUUUAGUUGGACUAAGGAUGGAAAGCCAUUUGACCCAAGCGAUGAGUCGGAGCUUAACAUUACAACAGAAUCUGGCUCGUACGUUUUCUUUCCGCUCAGUAAUAAAAUGGACAUCCUGAAGCCGUACCAAGGCAAAUAUGUCUGCUAUGCCACUAAUGAGCUCGGGACGGCUGUGUCAACUGAAGCAAUACUCAAAACGGAUGUCCCGCCUACCCAGCAGAAGGAGAAGAAGGUUACUGUGAAGUCUGAUGAGGGAAGCAGCAUCGUGCUGAAGUGUAACCCCCCUCAGAGCUCCAUGGAGCCCAUCAUUCACUGGAUGGAUCCCAAGAUGCACCAUAUGCAGCUCAGUAAGCGGGUGGUGAUUGGAAAGGAUGGCAACCUUUACUUUGCUCAUUUGACAUUGGAUGACAGCAGGGAUGACUACACCUGCAACAUCCAGUACAAGGCAACACGCACAAUUUUCGCAAAGGAGCCCAUCACUCUGAAAGUUAACCCAUCCAAUUCGGUAGUGCGGAACCGGAGACCACACAUGAUGAGGCCUGCUGAACGCGAAAGCACGUACAACGCCCUCAGGGGCCAGACUGUAGAGCUCGAGUGCAUUGUUACAGGCCUUCCAACUCCUGAAAUUACAUGGCUGAAGAAGGAAGGCGAGCUUGACGAAUCUCGGACAAUCAAAAAAAUGUUUGACCGACAACUGCACAUCAAUAACGUCUCUGAAAGUGACAGCGGCGAGUACCAGUGCAUAGCCAAGAACACCCAAGGGAAUGCCAAACACACCUACCACCUGAAUGUAGAAGCUGCGCCAUAUUGGACAGAGAUCCCCCAGAGUCUGAUCUAUGCCCCAGGUGACUCGGUAAGACUUGACUGUGCAGCAGAGGGUACCCCCUCCCCUACCAUCAGCUGGACUAAGAACGGAGAUGAAAUCUCAGGAACCGACUCCAGACAUGCUGUGAUAGCAGAAAACGCAUCACUGAUCCUAAACCAUGUCAACUUUGGAGACACAGCUGUCUACCAGUGCCGGGCCUCCAACAAACAUGGCACCAUCCUCAUUAACACCUAUGUAUAUGUUCUCGAGCUGCCUCCCCAGAUCAUUACAGAAGACAGGAAAGUGUACACUGUUACCGAAGGCCAGAGCGCUUCACUGGAGUGUGAGACCUUUGGCUCUCCUAAACCCGAAGUCACAUGGGAGAGUGGGACAUCGUACCUUCUGGCUAAUCCCAGAGUUAACUCACUCAACAAUGGGGGGCUUCAGAUCUUUAAAGUCAGCCAUGACGAUGAGGGUUUCUACACCUGCUCAGUUCAAAACGCCAACUUGUCAAUCACUGCCAAGCUGGAGGUGUUCAACAGGACAGUGAUCUUGACACCACCCAAGGACUUAAAGGUGCAGCCUGGAACUACAGCAACCUUCACAUGUGUGGGCCUUUCUGAUACCAGUCUGAGGACUCCUCAAAUCCAGUGGAGAAUGAACAACCAGAAGCUGAUGGAAUCCUCUAGUGAUGAAAAAUACACGUUUGAUGGAGCGGACUUCAUAAUCACUAAUGUGGGACCAGCUGAUGAGGGCAUUUACACAUGUGAGAUCAUCUCUUCGCUGGACCAGGCCGAAGCCAGCGCCACUCUCACUUUAUGUGACCGUCCAGACCCUCCAGGUCUCCUCCAGAUCUCCGAUCCCAAAAAUCGUGAAGUCUCUCUCAGCUGGACUCCUGGAGACGACCACAAGAGCGCUGUUCUAGAGUAUGUAAUAGAGUUUGAGGACCAAGAUUCAGAGGAAAGGGGUUGGGAAGAGCUGAAGAGAGUAGGAGGGAACCAGGAGAGAGCCGUCCUCUCCCUCUGGCCUAACAUGUCCUACCGUUUUCGGGUCAUUGCCAUCAAUGAAGUGGGGAAGAGUGACCCAAGCAAACCUUCUGAAAUCCACAGUCAACCACCUGAGGCUCCUGACAACAACCCAGGGGAUGUCAGGAGUGAGUCCGUAGAGCCAGACACUCUCCUCAUCACCUGGGAGGAAAUGGACAAACGUAACUUUAAUGGGCCUGACUUUAAGUACAAGGUGCAGUGGAGGCGCGUGGUGGGCAGCGGACCAAAGUGGCACGAGAGGGAAACAACUCAGCCUCCGAUCAUUGUUACUGAUGUUGGCAAUUUUUCUGCGUUUGAGUUCAAAGUUCAAGCUAUUAAUGCGAAUGGUGAAGGACCGGAGCCAGACCCCGUUAUUGGCUACUCAGGGGAGGAUGUUCCCCUAGAACCUCCCAUGGGCGUUGGACUUGAAAUACUUAACAGCACUACCAUCAAAGUGAAAUGGGCUGCUAUAGACAGAGCGACAGUCAGAGGACACCUGCUGGGAUACAAGAUACAACUGACCAGGAAGGGCUCCAGGGGCCACGACCGAGGGCGGCGAUCCAGGGAGGCUGAGACCAUUGUCAGGGAGGAGACUGGUCCCAAUGAAGAAAUGAAGGUCAUCAGUAAUCUUAGACCUUACUCCCACUACCUGCUGUCCGUUGCCGUUUAUAACAAAAAGGGAGAUGGACCCUUGUCUGAGCCGCUGCCCUUCGAUACCACGGAGGGAGUACCCAGUCCUCCCACAUCCCUGAUCCUCGACAGCCCAUCAGAGACAGAAAUGACCCUGCAGUGGACGCCUCCGGCCCACCCUAACGGAAUCCUCACUGGAUACCUGCUUGAAUACCAGCGCAUUACAGAGAGCGACGACAGCCCUUUACAGAAGAUCGAGAUAGAUGACCCCAAAGUCACCCACUUUACCCUGAAGGGCCUGGACCGUCACAGCCAGUAUCGCUUCUACCUGAAGGGGCUUACUAAAGCUGGGAAGGGAGCGCCCAGUAUUGUGACAGGGGCCACCACACUUGAUGGAGCGCCUCCCUCGGACAUAAGCCUGUCUGCAGGGGAGAACUUGCUAAAUAUCAGCUGGGAGAUCCACAAGAGACGCAGGAAUGUUGGCUUUUACAUCCACUACCGCAGAGAGAAUGAUGGCAGCAACUGGAAAAAGUCUGAGAAGGUGAACUCUUCUCAGUCUUUCUACCAGCUUCGGGGCCUGACUCCUGGCUCUGAUUAUAGUCUGCACUUCAUCUACGGCAACGCCUCAUUCUGGGAGACUCGCAUCAAGACAGAAGGAACAGAAAUGGCCGUGGUGCAGGCGAGCAUUGCAACGCAGGGCUGGUUCAUCGGUGUUGUGACUGCCCUAGUGUUGCUGUUGUUGAUACUGCUUAUCCUCUGCUUCAUCAGGAGGAGUAAAGGAGGGAAAUACUCAGUGAAAGAUAAAGAGGACGGUCCGAUGGACUCAGAAGCUCGACCGAUGAAGGAGGAAACAUUUGGAGAGUACAGAUCUCUGGAAAGUGAUCUUGAGGAGAAGCGGACAGCGAGCCAGCCGUCCCUGUGUGAAGAGAACAAGAUGUGCAGCGAGGAUACGCUGAACUUUAACGGCAGCAGUGCUCUCACAACAGAGCUCAACCUGGAUGAAUCUCUGGCCAGCCAGAUCAGUCGUCCAAGUGAAGGUCCAGAGGUUUACCAUGGCCUGCCGGAUACCUCCCCGCUGAACCCCACUACCAUCACCCCGAUCAAUAAUGGCAUGCCCAAUUCAAUCACUAACCUCAAUUAACUCCCACCAGAGACCAUCAGGCCAAAAUGUCAACACGUAUGUGCCCAUACUGUCCUUUUCCCCAUCUGACUUGCCGAUGUUUAUUUUGAGGUCCACUGCACAAUCAUAUACAGACUAUUCAUGAUGUGCCCCCUGGCUAAUUAGACAUUUGUGACCAAAGGAGAGUCCAAAGUAGUGGACUGCGUGACAGACAACGUCCCAUCCUAAUUGUUUGUGUAGUUUCCAUCAAAUUCAAACAGCUGAUGUUUAUUUGAACCCCUUCCCUCUUCUUACUUUGAGCAGCACAGAAACAUGUAGACAGAAUGUUGUACACUUUGAAAUAUCAGGGGUUGGAGGUAUAGUCACUAGAGAUGCAGAGCAGGGCAUUAAGUAAACAUGGAGGAUGGAGAUGGAGCUUAGUGUAGGGAAACAGGCAGCAUACGGUACCUUGUAAAACUAUUCACACCCAUUGAACCUUUUUUUUGGGAUUUUUCUGUAAUUAUUACUACAUGAUUGUAGAGUGAAAGGAUAUUUAUAUAAAAAUCUGAAAAGUGCUUUGUGGAUAUGCAUUGAUCCAUGUUUGUAUAACUAACUUUCACUGUAUCUACAGCUACAAGUCAUUUGGAGUUUUGUGUAUUGUUGCUCAUUCAUCUUUGUAAAAUAGCUUAAACUCAACCUGCAGAUGCAGAGCAUCUGUAAAAAUCCACCACGGUUUCUCAUUGUAUCUCUCACUUUUAUUUGAUUGAGAGCUGGAGUUUGACUAGGACAUUUUAAAACACGAAGCUACUUUGAUCUAAAUCAUUGCAAUGUUGCACUGGUUGUACGUUUAGGAUAUCGUCCUGCUGGAAGUGGAACAUCUCUCCCAUACUCUUUUGAAGCCUCCAAAUGGUUUUCUUUCAGGAUUGCCCUCUAUUUAGCUCUAUCCAUAUUCCUAUCAACUUUGACCAGCUUCACUGUCCCUGCUGGGGAAAUCCCCACAGUAUGACGUUGCCUUUGCCAAGUGUCACAAUGGUGUGUUCAUGGGUGUGUGCAGUGUUGGUUUUUCUCAGCACAUGCUGUUUUGCAGGUAGACCAAAAAGUUUCAUUAUGUUCUCAUCUGACCAGAGCAGCUUCUUCGACAUGUUUGCUGUGUCCCUGCGUAACUUGUGGCAAUCUUCAAACAAAACUUCUGGCUUUCUUUCAACUACAGCUAAUGGCUUAUUGACACUCUUCAACAGAGGUCAGAUGUGUGGAGUGCACGAAUAAUUGCUGUCAUUAAUAGAUACUUCUACCUGAGCUGUGGACAUAGCAGCUCCUCCAGAGUUACCCUUGGUACCCUUGGCUGUUUCUGUUAGUAACUCUAUACUUGCAUGUCAGUUUAAGAUGAGGGUUUGGCCUUGGUAGAUUUGCAAUAUGACAGACACUUUCCAAUAUCUCACCCGGGGAUAUUGUUUAAUAAGUUGACCCUGCUUUAGACUUCUCCUCAACUUUAUCCAUAAUCUUUACAUUCCUUGGUCUUCAUUAAGUUAUUUUUUUCACUAAUGUUUGCAAACAAUGAUGUUUAUUCAGGGAUAUCAGGUUAAUGGAGGCUGAAUAAAACAAAUUCAGAUCAGAAAAAAAACAUAAUGAAGCUUAAGUUUUGUGAUUUUAGCAAAAGGUUCAAUGGGUUUGAAUAUUUUUGCAAGGCACUGCACAUUUUAAUCCUAUUAUGUAUGUUAUUAUUUUGUAUGAAAUCUUAUGCCACUGAAUGCUUUAGAUUGUCGUUGCUGAUGAUAUUUUACAUGUUACAAAUAACUGUGAAAAAAACAGUUCUUUUCUCUAGCAUUUUUCUUUAUGAUCAUAUUUACAGAAAGCUCCUGAUCUCUCUUCGCAUUUUUAAUAGACCAGGAGAUUUUCAUUAAAAAACCAAGGCGUACGGUCAGGCUUCACUCUGAAACCUGCUGUAGGAAAAUGUUGAGUAGCACGGGAUGUAAAUAGCUGCAUCUGCAUUUAUCUAUUCAGCCAUAAUACAGUAUUAUAGAUAUGUAAAUGCUCCUUAUAAGUUCCUGUGCCUGCUGGGUCUGCAUAAAGCGCCAGAUCGAUGUCAUUACAGUCUCGCCUUCCCACAACAAGUGUAAUGUCAUUUUAUUUUCAAUGGAAUUGUAACUUUAUUUUGGGUGUCGAGACCUUUGUGUAGCUUUAUGUAACUGUCUUUGUCUCUUUCUACUCUGUAUUAAAACAUUGUUGAGUUUAACUUACCACCUUUUCAUACCUGUCCAUCUCAUACAAUACAGUCUGAUUGAGAAGCAGUAUUUGUAACACGUUGGAGAGUGGAGUAGAGUUUCACUUCUCAGCCUUUAUCUGCAAUAGCUGGAUUUUUGUAGACAGGCUUAAUGACAGCCAGGUAAUGUACGAUAAAGGCGUAUUUAGAGAAUGUAUUCUUUUCAGGACGAGGUAAAUAUCAUAUUUCUGUGCAUUUGAUCUGAGCAGCAAGACUCCAGAAAGAUAAGAAAUGUUUUAGAAAGGACCAAUUUUUCACAGAAUGUAAAUAGAACCCUUCAAACAACCACUUUGAUAGAAAACUAUGGAAAAAAGUGCAGUUUUUAAAACACCCAACUUUACUCAAAAUCGCUUAAAGUGGACAUUUUUCUUCUUCUGUACUGUUGGUUUGAAUUCAAACGUUGUGUUUUUGACAAAUGAUUGCGGUACGACUUGGGUGUAGCAAAAGAAUAGUUCAUAGCUAAAGAGCAAAAAAAAAAAAAGAUAAAACACCCAAAAAAAUUCACAUUGUUCUGUAGAUGUUUGCCAACAUAUCAUUUUUGAAAAUCAGAAAACGUGUCGUGUCAUUUAGUGAACGUAGAUCCAUCCCACUGAAAGCUAAGCUAGGAUUCAUGCACAUGGUCAUUCACCAAUGGGUCGCAGUGCAGUGAAUAUCUGUGAUGCAGUUAUGUCAGGCAGGCAUGCAGUAAGCCAAUCAGUGCCCUCCCUAUUCAAAUUGAAGCUUUCCACUGGCCAAACAUAUCGCGACAGCCUCUGACGGAGUAUGUCGAAUGGCUGAAAUGGCUAGAGGUAACAAAGGAGGUGUGUACACACUCUUUGGUUUGGGUCAAACAGACACGCUCAGGACAAAUAAAACUAUUUUCAUAUAGUAGCAUCAACCUACUAAAAACAUGCCAAUAUCCCAACAUAGCAAUGUGCUGCUGAACACCUGUGUAUGUCAAUGUUUGGGGCAAAUGUUAACUUUGAAUGAGGAAUGAGUGUAGACACACACACACACACACACACACACACACACACACACACACACACACACACACACACACACACACAGACGUUCACUCGACUGCCGCUCACUCUUUGCUUUUUAUAUUUCAAGGGGAAUCCAGUGGGAUGCUGGUCUUUGUUUUUCCGCUGUUGUCACUGUUUUCCUUUUUCUUUUCAUAGCUAAACAGUCUCAUCUUGGGAAAAACCAACUGGUUUGUUUAAAUGAAGCUUCUCUAAAUUUAAAAAGCCCUGAAAUUUAAACAACGGCUGUGUGAGAUGAGCGUUAGCAGGUGAGAUGUGGAAGGGUAGGUGGUGUGUGCCUGUUUGUGUUGUGCUGGUCGGCCCGGUGAUGAUGCUGAUGAUGCCUGUGUUUACCUGGGGUGUUUGACAGGAGUUGAGAGGAGAGGCACGGCAAAUGGGGCUGAAAUACCUGUAACUGCUUAAUUUAUCUACCACUGUAACUGGAUAAAUGACUGAAAAAUAAAGAACCUUGAACAAUC